GCUAACAGGCUAGCUUACAACUUCUGUGAGGGCAUCGAGUGUUGCCUUACCACUUCGGUUCACAAAUAGCACGCAGCCGUUGACGUGCCUUAGCGUUUAGACGCGUUGUUGGUCCAAUAGUGUACAUUAACCACCAUGGGACGACGUCAGAUCUAAACUACUGGUGAGGACAUAAUGCCUGUGGAUGGUAGUGACCCUCUGCAGCCCUCUCACUGUGACACAAGAUGGUCACAGCAGAUGUCAGGCCUCCCUCACAAGCUCCUGCAGCGCUUGAUGCCUUUCCAACGGGAAGGAGUGCAAUUUGCCCUAUCCAAGAAUGGAAGAUGUAUGAUUGCUGAUGAGAUGGGUCUUGGCAAGACGGUGCAGGCUAUUGCAGUGGCAUACGCUUUCAGGAAGGAGUGGCCCCUCCUCGUGGUGGUGCCCUCAUCACUCAAAUACCCCUGGAUUGAGGAGCUGGAGCGCUGGAUCCCCGAGCUGCAGCCUGGUGACAUCAACCUGGUGGAGAACAAGAGCGACACCAUGGGUAUUAGCAGCAGCAAGGUGACCGUGCUGGGCUACGGCCUCCUCACUACUGACGCACGCACCCUGAUGGAGGCCCUCACCAGACGGGGCUUCUCAGUGGUUGUGGUGGAUGAAUCACACUACCUCAAAUCCAGGAAUGCAGCGCGAACUAAGCUUCUGGUGCCUCUCAUUCAGAGUGCCAAGCGAGCCAUCCUCCUUACUGGUACACCUGCACUGGGGUGCCCGGAGGAGCUUUUCAUGCAAAUUGAUGCGCUUUACCCCAAAAUGUUUGGAACCUGGACUGAUUACGCCAAGAAAUACUGCAAUGCUCAUUACAGGUACUUUGGACCCCGCAGGCAGUGGGAUUGUAGGGGAGCAUCUAACCUAGAGGAGCUGCACCAGCGGCUGAGCCAGAUCAUGAUCCGUCGCCUUAAGGCUCAGGUGCUUAGUCAGCUUCCCCCGAAAAUCCGCCAGCGCAUCCCGUUCGACCUUCCAAAGGAGGCCGCAAAGGAGGCCACAGCCAGCUUCUCCAAAUGGGAGAGCCUCAUGAAGGGAUGUGGGUCAGAGGUUGUUGCCACCAGCAGCAACCCCUUCACUGAGGUCAUGAGCCUGAUCACGCAGAUGUACAAGCAAACAGCAAUUGCCAAGGCUGGAGCAGUGAAGGACUACAUCAAAAUGAUGCUGGAGGCAGAGCACCUCAAAUUCCUUGUUUUUGGCCACCACCUAACCAUGCUGCAGGCCUGCACCGAAGCUGUCAUUGAGGCCAAGGCUGGUUAUAUUCGUAUCGAUGGCAGUGUCCCAUCUUCUGAGAGAAUCCAGUUAGUUCACAAGUUUCAGAAUGACCCUGACACGAGAGUGGCCAUCCUCAGCAUCCAGGCAGCCGGUCAGGGUUUGACCUUCACCGCUGCCAGCCACGUGGUGUUUGCCGAGCUCUACUGGAACCCCGGGCAGAUUAAGCAGGCUGAGGAUCGCGCCCACCGUAUUGGGCAAACGUUGUCUGUCAACGUACACUACCUCAUCGCCAAGGGUACCUUUGAUGCCGUGAUGUGGUCCAUGCUCAACAAGAAGGAAAUUGUGACAGGCAGCACUCUGAAUGGAAGGAAGGAGUACCUCAAGGCUGAGGAAGGGGACAAAGACAAGUGGGACUUCCUUAACUUCGCCAGUGCAUGGACACCUAAAAAUCUUGCCUUGGAGAGGAAUCCUGGACUUGACGCAGAUGAGGAACUGUACUUCACUCAUUUUGAAAAGGAGAAACAGCAUGAUAUUCGGAAGUUCUUCUCUCCUGACAUCAGCAAGGAAAAGAAGAGGAAACGAUCGCAAGACAAAGCAGAGUAUUUUUCCACCUCCUCAGAAACCAACAAUUCUGCAUCUUGCAGUGGAAGAAAUUCUGAGAUUAAGACAAAGAAGAAAGUAGAGUCCCACUCUCAAAUGUCCAUCACAGGCGACUGUGACUUCUCCUCACAAAAGAAAAGGAUCCGGGAGUUGCACUCCAGCCCAAGCCAAAGGUCUGACCCCGGGAGAAGGAAAAGGUUGAUGCAGGAGGCAAGCAUGCCGACCUGCUUUUCGGCCCAGAAUGUCUCAUUGGUGUCAGACGCUUCCACUGAAGCAUGGGCCUGCGGGGCGUGUACGUACUCAAAUAGUAACUUGCUGCCGUACUGCGAGAUGUGUGAAUGGCCACGCACUUCUUCAGGUCUAACAACAGAGCCCACCAGGCCACAGCUAUCUCCCUCAGCCAAGAAGGAGCAGGGGUGUCACAUCCCGUCCAGCUCUGACCAAGAACCUGAGCUCUGUUGGCAGAAAUCCCACGCCACCAAAUUGUGCCAAGGCAAACAGAGUGAGGAGGAGCAUGAGCCUGGAAAAGACAAACAGAAAGCAGGAGAUGCCGAGGGAGGGGACAAGCAGCAGCUCAAAGGCAAACAAUCAGCGGGAAAGCGAGGUGGCGGCGGCUGCGGCACUGGUGGUGGCAGCUGCGUCUUCCCUGACCGCACUCACGAACUUGAAGCACCGAAAGCGAAUGACUGUGACGACGGUGGUGAUCCUGCAUACCAGGGCCUGCAGUUCUGCGCCAGUCAACACACAGACAGAAUAUAUAUCUACGAUCAGAACGGAGCUGCGUUGAACUUGAGCUUCAUCCCCCUGGACAUCAAACUAACCAACUGGGACGACCUGCCCGUGGAUUUCAGCCGGCAUGGAGAAAAUCGAAUACAGGUGCUGCGCUUUGCUCAGGAAUGGAGUGGCCUCGCAGCCAUGAAGCAGAAGCUGCUCCGACGUAGCCGUCUCCUCUACCACAGCCCCACGCUUGGCUUGCAGCAGUUGGCCAAUGCCCAUCGACCUCACAACAGCACCAAGAGGUACCUAAGUCGGGAUGAGGUGGCCCAGGCCUCACUGAACAAGGCCCAACAGGAUGGAGGCAGCGUGCGACCGGUCGCCAAGGAGGACUUCUUCAUCAAGAGGAGGGUGACCUCGUCGCUAAAUUCAACCACCUCAGACAGCUCACGAAAGGAUGAUGGCGAGCGACCGUCACCUUUUUUCCUGCAGGCAGUGAAUCGCCAGGGUGUCCCCCUGUGUCUCUCCUGCCAGAAGGCCUGCUUGACCGCCGGCGAGGCCUGGGACACCCGAUUUUGCAGCUCAGAGUGCCAGGAGGAGUUCCGGUUGCGCUCCAGUCAGACGUACAUGCGCUCGCGGGUGCUGGAAGUGGAGCGGGGCAUCUGCCAGCACUGCGGCCUUCACGCCCACGACGUAUUUGUUAAAGUCCGUGAUGCACCGCCGUCCCGGCGCAAGGAGAUGCUCGAGCGCACUUGGCUCGCCCAGCUGUCACUCAAACAGCUGAACGAGAUGAUCCGCGCUCCAGUGGAAGGCGAUUUCUGGCAAGUGGACCACAUCCGUCCAGUCUACAGCGGAGGAGGACAGUGCUCUCUGGACAACCUGCAGACACUUUGUACCGUCUGCCACAGAGCUAGGACGGCGCAGCAGGCCAAGGAGAGGAGCCGGAUGAGGAAGAGCGCCGUAGCCAACAAGGUUGCGACAGACAUCAGCACAUUCUUCAUCAAGAAAUAACGCUCCUCGCUCACUCAGGUGCAUCGUUGAGUCCCAAAUGGCACUCACAAGCUACAUCAUGAUUUUUCUCUGUUAUUGGAAACAAAAGGCCAAACUGCUUUGUUAUCCGUACUUUUUUUUAUUUUUUUCGCAAACAGGGACAGCAACCACAUCCCCCUCUCGUCCCCGAACCAUCACAAAUGCAGGGAGAGGCGGGUUUUUUUUUUUUUUUUUUGAUUUAUUGCAGCCCCCUUUUUGCUCGAGGCCUAAAUAGAGCAGGUUGCUUCGGAGACGCGCUGCUAUUUUCAGAUUUUGCAAACUUAGCGCAACGUUGCAGGUAAGCUGGGUGAUAAAUUAAAAACGUAGCAUUCAACAAGCGGUGGCUUGUUUGUGUUGCUUUUUUGGAAGAUAGAUGACUGUCCUCUGGAAUAAAAAGCCAUUUUUUAUGCAA